GGGGGACACAGGAUGGAAGAGCUAAUAGGAGUAUCUAACGGGACAUGCGGACGGGCUGAUUUCUUCUAAUAUUUCAAGUGCUGUUCAUGACAGUGUGAGGCCUCGCCAUGCCGCUGGUGAAGAGGAACAUCGAGCCCCGUCACCUCUGCCGAGGGGAGCUCCCCGAGGGCAUCGGCAGCGAGCUGGAGUGUGUGAUGAACAACACGCUCUCUGCCAUCAUCCGUCAGCUCAGCAGCCUGAGUAAACAUGCGGAGGAUAUAUUUGGCGAGCUAUUCAACGAGGCCAACACUUUCUAUCUGCGUGCCAACUCUCUUCAGGAUCGCAUUGACCGGCUGGCUGUCAAGGUCACACAGCUGGACUCCACCGUAGAAGAAGUUUCCUUACAAGACAUCAACAUGAGGAAAGCCUUCAAGAGCUCCACCAUUCAGGACCAGCAGGUGGUGUCCAAGAGCAGCGUGCCCAAUCCUGUCAAGGAGAUGUACAACCUGAGCGACAAGCCUCCGCCACUCAGCAUCCUCUCAGUUUACAGGGACGACCACAAGGAAGCACUUAAGUUCUACACCGAUCCUUCCUACUUCUUCGACCUGUGGAAGGAGAAGAUGCUGCAGGACACAGAGGACAAGAGGAAAGAGAAGAGGAAGCAGAAGGAACAGAGGCGUUGUGUGGAUGGAACGUUACAGAGGGAGGUGAAGAAGGUCCGAAAGGCGAGGAACCGUCGACAGGAGUGGAACAUGAUGGCUCUGGAUAAAGAGCUGAGGCCGGACCAUCGACACACCAUACACCGAGACAGAGGGGCUUCCUCUGAGGGCUCCAUGUCACCAGAGAACAGGGGUCACGGUGCUGAUCAGCACCACUACCCCAACAUCAUGAACCAUGCUGGCCACGCCCAUACCUACUCUGGCCCACCGCCCAGCGUCCUGGCAGCUCAGAUGGCUGCAGGGCACGCCCCUCGUGGAGGGGGUGAACAUGAUGCUAGAGGCAGGACCAUGAUGGCCUAUCAGGGUGGAACUCUGGGCCGUGCUCACCACCACCAAGUCCCGCUGCCUCCUCCGCCCACUGAGGCCAUGAACGGUGGCUCCAUGUCCCUUCCACCAAUGGACUACAGUAUGGAUGGUUACGCCAACACUGGUCCCCCUCCUCCACCUCCAGCCCCUCUCAUCCCCUCAGCCCAAACUGCCUUUGCCUCACCUCCUGGAGGUCCGAUGCCUCUCGGGCCGAUGGCCGGCCCCGGUGGCUGUGCUCCGCCUCCACCGCCUGUAUGUGGAGCCCAGGCUGCUCCACCUCCCCCUGGUCCUCCACCUCCUCCCGUCCCUGCUGGUGCCUCCCACUCCACAACCCGCAAGAUGUCCUCCUCUGCACCGGCUGAGACCUCAGCGGUCAACGAUGCCCGCAGUGAUCUGCUGGCUGCUAUUCGUAUGGGUAUCCAGCUGAAGAAGGUGCAGGAGCAGCAGGAGCAGCAGGCUAAGAGGGAGCCAGUCGGAAACGACGUGGCCACCAUCCUGUCCCGACGCAUCGCUGUGGAGUACUCUGACUCUGAGGACGACUCCGAGUUGGAGGAGAACGAUUGGUCGGAUUAACACACUUAAAAACAGAUAACCACUGAAGGUACACACAAUAUCAGUCGAUCUCACACUCACUUGAAAGAAUGCCCACUGUACCGCACUCACACUUUGUUGCUGAAAAAAAACCACACACACACCUACACACAAUCACAUGCUGUAGGUUGAUAUAAGCUGAAUGGUCCAAAACUGGAAAUGUGGGGGUGUAUUCGAGAUGCUUAAACACUGUAAAGACACUAGUAACAUACUGUAAUACUUACCACUCUAUGAAACAUUAACGUAGUUGGAUGAAUAUAUUUAAAAGCAUUGUGAAUACACCCCAGUGGAUGUUUCUCUACCUGUUAUAACACUAUAGACACCCCGUGAAGGUGCUUAUUUCAUGUAUAGUCGAAGCUUGAGAGCGUUAGAACAAUUAGAAACUUUCCUCUCGAGCUAACCAAUGUACUUGUCUUUUUUUAAUGUUUUUACUGAAACACAUGCUGUAGAUCAUGAGGCAAGUUUUUAACAUGUCAGUAACUGGAAAUGAAGAAGUGAAGGGAGUGAAGGAGUGAAUGAGGAGAGCGUUUGUGGGAAAGAUGGAUGAGAGGGAGAUAUGUAAUACAAACUCGAUUCCCAAAAAGUUGGGAUGCUGCAUAAAACAUAACCAGAAAACAAUGAUUUGCAAAUCCCCUUUGACCUAUGUUCAAUUGAAUACAGUCCAAAUGCAAGAUAUUUAAUGUUAAAACAGAAAAACCCUUUUUAUAAAUAUAUAUACUUAUUCUGAAUUUGUUGACUGCAACACAUUCUGAAAAAGUUAUGACAGAGGCAUGUUUUUUUAACAAUACUGUUUGGGAACUGAGGACACAAAGAGGUGAAAUUAUUUCUCUUUAUUUUUACAUGUAGUUGCUCAACAGUCUGGGGUCUUUAUUAUUGUAUUUUGUGCUUCAUAGUGCUCAACACAUGUUCAAAUGGAGACAGGUCUGGACUGCAGGCAGGUGAGUUUACUACCUGCAUUCUUAAAGGAGCCAUGCUGUUGUAACACAUGCAGUAUGUGGCUCGGCAUUGUCAUUGUCUUCAUGGAAUAAGCAGGGGCGUCCCAUAAAAAGACAUUGUCUGAGUGGCAGCAUAUGUUGCUCCAAAACCUGUAUGUACCUUUCAGCAUUUAUGGUACUUUCACAGAUGUGAAAGUUAUAAAUGCAAUUGCCACUAAUCACAGCAAAAUGUUUGGUUUUCCAAAGUGUUCCUGAGCCCAUGUAGGAAUAUCUUUUACUCAGUCAUGUUGGUUUUUAAUGCAGUGCCACAUGAGGGGUCAAAGGUCAUGGGCAUUCAAUGUUGGUUUUCAGCCUGGCCUCUUGUGUGCAGAGGUUUCUCCAGAUUCUUUAGAUUUUUUUAUGAUAUUAUGCAUAGUAGAUGGUGAAAUCAAUGAAUUCUUCGCUUGUACAUUGACAACAUUUUGAAACUGUUGGACCAUUUGCUCACACACGUUUUUUUUUACAAAGUGAUUGUCCUUGCUUGUGAAAAACGGAGCCUUUUAGGAUGCACUUUUAAACUUUAAUCGGUUACCAAUUCACCUGUUUACUUGUGUAAGGUUACAAACAGUUUUAAAAAAAAUUAUCUCAGAAGAGAUGGUGACACGCAGCAAACUCUGAGGUUGGAGUCGAACACAGCCUUUGUACAUGGGUCGCCCGCUCUACCAGAUGAGCUAGUGGGCUCCCUAAACUAACUUGUGUUUUCUUAGCAUUUCACAACUUUCCCAGUCUUCUGAUGCCUCUGUCACAACUUUUUUUUGGAACAUGUUGCAGGCAUCAAAUUCAGAAUAAGUGUAUAUUUACAAAAUCAAACAAACAAACAAAAAGACCUCAAGUUUGAAUAUUGAAUAUCUAAUCUUUGUUCUGUAUUCAGCUGACUAUAGGUGUAAUAAAAAAAAAGUGCAAAUCAUUGCUUUUUGUUUUUAUUUACGUUUUACAAAAUGCCCCAACUUUUUUUUAAUUGGGGUUGUAAGUCUUAUUGAUCAUAAAAUGAUAAUUGAUUGAGCCAUCUGCGUCUGCAAUCGAUCACUGCUGUGUGGGAGGGGAGGGGAGGGGGGGCCAUGUAUAUGCUAGUGUGAGAUCUGUAACCUUUGACCCAGAGAAAAAUAAAACGAUGAAUGAAGGAUCA